UAAACAUUCUGACCUGUCGCUGUAGCAUUCUGUGAGGCAAGGGGUGAAGGCGAGCAAUGUAAGAGUCAGGCUGAAGGUGUGUCGGGGUAUAAGUAUAUCACACCGAAUUGGAUUCAUUCACUAGAAAAAUACAUUCACCAUGGCAAAAUAAUAUCCCUGUUAACACGGAAGAGACGCAAAGUCACUAUCGUGACCGCGAAGUUUUCAGUCAGGGGAAGGCAACGGUUAGCCUGGGAAGCUAGCAACUGUAGCUAACGCGUUACAUAUACUCGCUUUUGCUAGCAACUGACCUCCACAACACGGCGCAUUGGUCUAGUGAUCAAUAAGUUACCCAUUCCUUGUCGUCAGCCCCCCUUGUCUCCUAACCCAAAGUGGUGCCCUGCGUCCGGGUCCUGGGAAUAUGAGACAGAAUGAGUCGGAGAGAUACCCUAGUUCAUCUGUUUGCUGGAGGGUGUGGGGGAACGGUAGGAGCCAUCCUGACCUGUCCCCUGGAGGUGGUGAAGACCAGACUACAGUCAUCCCACAUCACACUCUACGUGUCUGGGGUGCAGCUCAGUACCGUCAAUGGGCCCAGCGUAGCACGCAUGUCCCCUCCAGGACCCCUGCACUGCCUCAAGUUGAUUCUUGAGAAAGAAGGAGCCCGCUCUCUUUUCAGGGGCCUGGGGCCUAAUCUAGUGGGUGUGGCCCCCUCCAGAGCCAUCUAUUUUGCUGCGUACUCCAGUGCCAAAGAGAGACUGAAUGGAGUGUUUCAGCCGGACUCCACACAGGUCCACAUGGUAUCUGCUGGCUUGGCAGGGUUCACAGCCAUCACAGCUACCAACCCUAUCUGGCUCAUCAAGACUCGCAUGCAGCUGGACUCCAGGAACCGCGGGGAGAAGCCCAUGAAUGCGUUUGAGUGUUUGCGGCGGGUGUACCAGACAGAAGGCCUGCGAGGGUUCUACCGGGGAAUGUCAGCGUCCUACGCUGGAAUCUCAGAAACUGUGAUCCACUUUGUCAUCUACGAGAGCAUCAAGCGGCGUAUCCUGGAGGCAAAGGCAGCGCAGCACAUGGACGAGGAGGAGGAGGCGUCCAAGGACGCCUCGGACUUUGUGGGGAUGAUGCUCGCCGCCGCCACCUCCAAGACCUGUGCUACGUCCAUCGCUUACCCCCAUGAAGUGAUCCGGACCCGGCUACGGGAGGAAGGCACCAAGUACCGUUCCUUCUUCCAGACUCUGACCACGGUUCCCAAGGAAGAGGGCUACCGGGCGCUGUACCGCGGCCUCACCACCCACCUUGUGCGCCAGAUCCCUAACACCGCCAUCAUGAUGUGUACCUACGAGCUAGUGGUCUACAUGCUGAAUGGUUAACCUCUGACCCUUGACCCAAGAUGAAAUCCCAGAGAGAGAUGGGCCGACGUGGACGGAUGGCAUAAAGAGACCCCAGAGAAAUUAAACAGGAGAGGGACCAGGGACUGUCAUCUCUCCCACCUCCAGUCCCUCCAUCCUGUCUUUCUAAAACUAAAGCAAAUUGUCCCAAAAGCACCUGUUUUUUGGGAUGGGGAGUUGGGUUAUUUUCAGGGGUGCACGACACAGGAAGAGGGGUUGGUAGACAGGAAAUCAAUGUUUGUUUUGGGGAUAUGGUUCAAAGUUGUUUAAAAAGAAGCUGUCUCAUUGAAAAUGAGUCCUUAGGAGCCCUUUCUCUCGUUUUCUUGCUCUCUCUUGUCUCCUAAAUAAGCGCAUAGCUUACUGGAGCAGGUACAUUGGGGAGAGCACUCAAGCUAGUUUAGAGUCUAACAAUGCUAAUAAUUUCUCUGGUUUGUGUGUCAAGGGGGCAAUUGGUAGUCUUGAGGCUUGUUGAGUGCAGGGAGGUCUUGAGGUGAGGAUAGUGUUGGAGUGAGGUGGAUAGGGGAUGUGCCUUGCAUGACGACUUCAACUGACCUGCACAGAUGCAUAAUAAUGAUAUGUGGGGAAGCAGAGUUCAGACCAGCCCUGGUUUCUGGAUCUCAGUAGACCACAGUUGGACCGCAGGCAUUCAGAACCACACACAGUGCUGGUCAGGUCCACUUUGUACUCAGGACGAAGCCUGGUCCUCUCCACCCCAGUUGGACCGUAGGCAUUCAGAACCACACACAGUGCUGGUUGGGUCCACUUUGUACUCAGGACGAAGCCUGGUCCUCUCCACCCCAUUUGGUCAACAUGCACAGGGGCUAGUCCACUCUGACAGGCCUAACCUAACCUAGGAGACUGGCUUGCCCUGACUGACAUCCUGACUAACACUAGACAUUGAUACUGGAAGAAACAUGCAGAAGUCUUUACUGUACGGCCUGGUCAGUGUGGACAGCACUUUGGGCUCUUUCUCUGUGUGCAUUCUGUAAAGUGAGUUGGGUGACCAUAAGAACCUCUGACCCACUCCCUCAGCACCCAGACUGACCAGAAUCAUCCGCCCUUUUUAACUACUUGAAUGUUAACCAACUCAAGGAAUAACAAACUAAAGACGAUGUGAGCAUUGUCUCGCGUCAGAAGCCAUCGCGCUAUCUAAAGUGAGACUCUGCUAUGAUAGUGAAACAACCACCAACCUUGUGAUUAUACUAAGAACGAAAAAAUAUUAACAGAAAAUCAAUAACUUAACAAGACAAUUUUAUACACUGAACAAAAAUAUAAACUCUGCAAUUUCACUGAGUUUACAGUUCGUAUAAGGAAAUCAGUCAAUUUAAAUAAAUAAAUUAGGCCCUAAAUCUAUGGAUUCCACAUGACUGGGCAGAGGGCGCAGCCAAUCCGAAUUAGUUUUUCUCCACAAAAGGGCAUUAUUACAGACAGAAAUACCCCUCCGUUUCAUCAGCUGUAUGGGUGGCUGGUCUCAGGCGAUCCCGCAGGUGAAGAAGCCAGAUGUG